AACAGUUAGUCCACCGAGGGACUGGUCAUAACUCAUAAGUAAACCAAUUACAGGCAGAAGGCGAUCCACCUCCUCACCUGAGCUCCUCCUCCUCCUCUUAUUGAAUCAGAGAAAAGUAAAGGGAAAAAAAGCAGGCAAACCAACCAUGGCAUUAAACGAGGAGAGUGCAGAGAAGAGGAAGAGUGCAAGACUGGCGAUCUUUGAGCUAGCCAACAUGAUUAGUGUUCCUAUGUCUCUCAACGCUAUCGUCCGUCUAAAAGUCGCCGAUGCUAUCUGGCAAGGUGGCUCCAAUGCUCCUCUUUCUGCCUCUCAGAUCCUACAACGUAUUGCCUCUACUGGAUCUGACCCUGAGAAUUUGCAACGCAUCCUUCGCAUGCUCACUAGCUACGGUGUCUUUGAGGAACACCUCACCAUCGAAUCAUCACCUCUUGAUGGUUCUGCUUCCGAAAGGAAGUAUUCACUCACGGAAGUCGGUAAAACCCUCGUUACUGAUACUGAAGGACUCUCCUACGCGCCUUACGUGCUCCAGCAUCACCAGGACGCGCUAAUGAAAGCGUGGCCAUUGGUGCACGAGGCAGUGUUAGAUCCCACAACAGAGCCAUUCGUGAAGGCUAAUGGUGAGCCUGCAUAUGAUUACUAUGGGAAGCAGCCAGAAAUGAAUGAGUUGAUGCUGAAGGCAAUGUCAGGUGUAUCUGUCCCGUUCAUGGAAGCAAUGUUGGAUGGCUACGAUGGGUUUAAAGGGGUGGAAAGAUUGGUUGAUGUAGGUGGGAGUGCAGGGGAUUGUUUGAGGAUGAUCUUAAAAAAACAUCCUGGUGUACGUCAAGGGAUCAACUUUGAUUUGCCUGAGGUGGUUGCUAAAGCACCUAUUAUUCCUGGUGUUACAAAUGUUGGUGGUGACAUGUUCAAGUCAAUUCCGGAUGGUGAUGCUAUCUUCAUGAAGUGGAUUUUGACGACAUGGACAGACAAUGAAUGCAAGCUGAUUAUGGAGAACUGUUACAAGGCCCUUCCGGUGGGAGGGAAACUGAUUGCUUGUGAACCGGUGCUGCCUAAGGAUUCAGAUGAUAGUCACAGGACACGAGCUCUCUUAGAAGGUGACAUAUUUGUCAUGACAAUUUAUAGGGCUAAGGGUAAGCACAGGACUGAAGAAGAAUUUAAGCAGCUCGGUCAGUCUGUUGGUUUCUCUCAUUUUCGUGCAUUCUAUGUCGAUUAUUUCUACACCGUUUUAGAGUUUCAAAAGUAACAAUUCCUUGAGACUACUAAGCAGCACUAUGAAUAAACGGUACUUUCUCUGAUCA